AUGUCUAUGAUACUGGGAGCGCUAGAAGCUGCCAUCUGCGCUGCCAUAUGGGUGGUGUUAUUUCUAGUCAGUAUUGCUACUUUUGGCCUGGCGAUACAGUGGCUGGCGACAAACCCGGUCGCCACAUGGACAAAGAAAACGUGCACGUUCUCGCCGGCAAAGAAGAAAUGGAUGGAUGAUAAGAAACGCUUGCUCGCUGAAUCAAAGGCCAUAUUAGAUCGCGAAGCCUUGAUAGACAAUCUUCAACGAGAAGAGGACGAGAUGGCUAAAGAAGUUAUUGAUGCUGCUGGUCUAGAGUCGAUGGCCGUAUUGGGAAGAUGUCUGGAUGAACAUUGGUUUGAGAUUCGACAGAAUUGGCGGGACCUUUCGGACUUGCUGGAUCGAUACUGCGAUUAA